AUGCUGCGGAGGCCUGGCAUCACGGCGUCCAACCAGGGGGCCGAGGCUGUGGACAUGUGGAGCAUGGGUGUUAUCUUAUACACCUUGCUCGGGGGCUAUCACCCGUUCCACGACGAGAGGCAACCACGGCUUUUCCGGAGGAUACGGGAUGGGAGCUUCGUUUUCCACGACGAGUUGUGGAGCAACACGUCGGACCAAGCCAAGGACUUCGUCCGCAGGCUGUUGGUGGUGGACGCGACAGAGAGGAUGACCGCUAAGCAGGCGCUGCAGCACCCCUGGAUGCUCCGGUCGGAGAAGGACCUCGCCAAGAACGACCUCAGCUUCAACCAGGAGCAGCUCCGAGUCUUCAACGCAACGGCCAAGCUGCGUGCCGCAAUCAAGUCGGUGACGACAAGGAGAGGGUUGAGCUCGUGACCAGUGAGGAAGCUAAUGAAGCAUUGGACGAAUUCCAGAAAGCACGGCCUCGAGUGUUUGGACUUGCUCCGGAUCUCUGUUUUCCACACUGCUGCUGGGUCCCGCCAGGCGUGUCGAUGCAUUGCCGCAAGGGGAGCUGCGGGUGCGUAGGUUUCAUCAGGGUUAGUUUUGUUUUGGAGGGUGGAGGAAAGGGGGGAUGAUAUUUGCAUCCAUUGUAGGAUAUGUAUCUGUGCAAUUCCUAAGUAUUUGAGAGUGGGGGCGGUGCGAACCGAAGCAGGCCAUCGAGUCAGACAACUCUCUUCUUGGCGGGUAAUCCUAUAUUUUAUCGCCCCGACAACCCUGCGAAAAAUCUUGCUCGCCCGCCGUUGUAGACGAAUAUUCGAUGCGGAGCAAGUUAGAAUACUGCGUGUUCGUGGGUCACUCGAAGCGGGUUGUACAUGUGGACGGCAGCCGUCGGGCGUUCCGUUUUUCUGCAUCUGUCAGGUGACCUAGCUUUGGCUUUGUUGCCGCCAGGACACCUCUAGAACUAGCCUGAGUAGUGUUUCAUAUUGGCGGCGCGGGUUGUGCGAUAUUAUUAAGAGUCCUCUGCGCUGGCAACCUUUUGGUGUCGUUUGCUGGAGGAGCGAGAAGGGGUUAGAAACAAGUAUUUAGCUUGAUAGUAGAGACUUGGUUAUCGCAUGUCUUGAAGUAUUCUGGAAGAUAUCGACGUGCCAUUGUUAUGCACACUCCCUUGCGUAAAGGGGUGCAAGCGAGGGGAUGCCAACAGCUAUUUUGCUCCGUUUGCCACCCUGUGUACUUGCGUGCGUCUGCGCUGUAUCUUGACUUCGAACUCGUGUAAAUGUUCUUGUUUUGGGCAUAUCUGCAUUUUGACACGCUUGGAGCGUUGUUUCUUCGGUAUAUACGGGCUUUGACGACGGGAAAGAGUGGUAGAGUUUUUUUUUGCACCACGGUGUUGUAAGUUUUCAUGUGUUGUGGGAUAGGUUGAGGCGAAUACUGCGGUGCGAUUGGAAAAACUUGUGUUACCGUGUACCGUAGACAGUAGACAGCAUUUUUUCUUUUUGAGGAUAACCAUGUCCUCGCUGUAAUAUUAGCCCACCGUUUGUCUGCAGUGCAGAUAGUAAUCUAAAAUGAUUAUGGUGUUCCACCAUGACGGCGACAGCAUUUGGUGAGAGAGCGGGAGGGGAGCAGGGAUUCCGAGUGCAUAUUUAUCAACGGGGUUUUGGGCACCUGGGUUUCAGACGUGCUUCAUUCUUGCGGCAACCUAGCCGGCGAUGAACAACGAUCUGUAGCUCUGUGUCUUCCAAUGUUGUUGGGGAGGGUUGGCCAUAUCACGCAGAUCCAGCUGCAUGGAAGUAAGCCUUGGCUCUUCCCUGCUGGGCCUCUGUCCACACGCCCUCGCCCGGUACUUGUGUUGAUUUGGAAUCGGUUCCCGUCCACCUUUGUUUAUCCAUGUGUCACCGGAGGAAGUAUAGUCUACUCCAUGUCUUUUUUUUUUGUGUAAGAAUUUGCCCUACACGUUUCAGUCCUUUAAUUUAAUGGUCGGUUCAUCACCCAUUGAGCUAUUUUGUGUUGAUUUCAAGUUUGGCAGAUUUGGGGCCUCACCACAGCGUGAUUCAAAGGCCCGCGGAUUGUGUGUGCCCUUUGGGGCGGUGGAUGACCGGUGAAAAGGCUAGUACGGAAGCUGUUUCUGUCACCAGGGCGCCGGCACGGUUGUAGUGUUCAGUUUUUUUCAACGGCAACGUAGUGCGUACGUACGAUAGGUAUCGCAUGGGGCAAGAAGAGCUGUUGUGGUACCCAAGAAGGAACGACGCCUUCAUGUUUUCUGUGUAAACUCAUUUCUUGUAGCGUUAGAUAAGCUUCACGCGAUGCAGCUUCGCGUUAUUUUUGCAGCGGGCUCGGGAUGUGGAGACGAUGUAUGCGUGGUCUGAAUGAAGUACAAGAGGAACGACGAAGCCGCGCGCAAGACAACACGGAUCACGCGCAGAAAAUAGCAUU